CUGCAUACUUUAGGUGUGGUUAGCAGGCUGUGCCUUGUCUACAUUCUCAGACUCAGCUCAGAGAGUCAGAGAGAGGAGCUCUGAAAGCCAUGGCAGACCCCAAACUUGAAGGAAUCCACAAGCAGCUGAAAUGCCCUCUCUGCUCAAACACAUUCACGUGGCCUGUGACCCUAUCCUGUAGGCACAACUUCUGCAAGGCCUGCCUGGAAGAACGGCAGGACAAAGUGGAGAACGAGGAUAGCUACAGCUGCCCGGAGUGCCAGCACACCUUUGAAACCAGACCCCAAAUUCAAAAGGAUCCACUCCUUAAUGGAACAGUGGCGGAGCUGUCGAACAAAGAGGCAGACGAAAUCAAGACGCCCCCCUCUGAAGAGAAGGACAAGGUCCUAGAACAGAACGAAGAGGUCAUAGAAAAGAAAGAAGAGGGCAUUGAAAAGAAGGAAGAGGUCACAGAGAAGAAGGACGAGGUCAUAGAGAAGAAGGACGAGGACGAGGAUGUGGUCUGCGACUCCUGCAUCGAGACUCAGUCCAGGGCUGUGAAGUCCUGCCGCACCUGCCUGGUCUCUUACUGCGAAGCCCAUCUGAGACCUCACCUGGAGAAGAGCAAGUUCCAGAACCACAAGCUGGUGGAGCCGCUGCGGGACAUCGAGCGGCGGACCUGCGAGGUCCACAACUUGCCCCUGGAUCUCUUCUGCCAGGAGGACUGGAGCUGCAUAUGUCAGGAGUGUGUAAUCGAGGAGCACAGUGGGCACAAAACUGCUCCCUCUGGGGAAGCCAGGAAGGAGGUGGAGAAUGAACUAAAGCAGACACAGAUUGAGCUGGACAGGAAGGUGAAGGCAGCAGAGACCGCUAUCAGCAAACUGCAGACCAACGCCACCUCCAUUGAGAACUCAGUGCAGGAAGUGAAGGUCAGCAUUGACCAGCAGUUCUCAGAGCUGCUGGAGGCUGUUGAGAAGGCUAAGAAGGAGGUGAUGGAGGUCCUGGAGAGUGAGGAGCGCUCAGCAGUGAAGCAGGCAGAGGGCAUCAGGGCACACCUUGAGCAGAAGUGUGCAGAGCUCAAGAAAACCCACACCCAGAUUCAGAAGAUGACCAAGAACAAGAAUGAUGUGCCCUUCCUCCAGGAGUACAGCGAGUGGAAGAAGGGGGCCUCCGAUGACACCCUACCCAGCGUCUACAUCGGGCUGAAGGACAGACUCACCUCCUUCAGCAGAGUGGUGUCCGAGGCCUCGCAGGCCAUCCGGGAUGAGCUGCUCUCCACCUUCAAGAACCAGCUCAAAGAGCUCUGUAAAGAUGAAAAAUGUGGAAUUAAAACCACAGUGGCUGUAAUCCGCUCCCCUAAGCACCACUUUUCAGCCCCUGAACCAAAGACCAGGAGCGAUUUCCUACAAUAUACCUCCCCGUUGAGCUUUGACCCCGAAACGACGCACCGGUACCUGCGGCUGACAGAGGACAACCACAAGGUGACCAACACUGCCCCCUGGCAGCACCAGUACCCAGACGUACCGGAGCGGUUCGAGCACUGGCGGCAGGUGCUGUGCGCGGAGAGCUUCUACCUGGGCCGCCACUACUUCGAGGUGGACAUCAGCGGGGAGGGGACCCAUGUGGGGCUCACCUACAAGAGCAUCGACCGCAAGGGGAAGGAGAGCAACAGCUGCAUCACCGGCAACGACUUCUCCUGGUGCCUGCACUGGAGCAGCAGGGACUUCUCAGCCUGGCACGGCGACUUGGAGACUCCCGUCAAGGCCGCCGGCAAGUUCACCAGGAUCGGCAUCUACGUGGACUACGCUAGGGGGAGCCUGGCUUUCUACGGCAUCGCUGACUCCAUGACUCUCAUCCACAAGUACCAGGCAGAGUUUAAUGAGCCGCUCUAUCCUGCCUGCUGGCUCUCCAAGAAAGAGAACAUGGUGCUGCUGGUGAGCCCUGGCGAGGCGCUUCCUCAGAGGAGCCCGUCACCCCCUCCAACACCGCCAAGCGCGGCCGGGGUGCAAACUGCACAGUAGCAUGUUUGAAAGGGGGUUCAUGCUACCUAGCACCUUUUAGACUCUCUUAUCCUCUAGUUGCCCCAUGCAGCACUCCAUGAUUGAGAAGUCUUUUCUCACUGGCCGUUCCCAAAUCACUUGCCGUAGAUAAAAAGCUACUGUCAUGUGAUAAUGUGAUGAGAUUGUGAAACGAGUUGCACAACCAGUGGCUUAGAUCAGUGCCCCCUCUACUGGGUUUAUUUUGUAUUACAACAGGUGUCUCUUACAUGAAGACGCCACAUGUAACUUGGAAUUAUUAUUCAACAAAAUAUUUUCUACAUUUCUGCAUCUAUGUAUUCAUUAUGCACGACACACACCUGUUACAAACCACUCAGUAUUAGGUUUUUAUUAGUACGACCUGGUUAUUGUAAUAAAUAUUUUGCAGUGCUCAUGGUCGAUAAAAACAGAUCUUAUUUUUAAUUGAUAUUAUAUGUACCAAUAAUUCAUAUUAUUUUUGUAUAUCCACUCUGUAUUACUAAAUGUGAGGAAUUGGGGUGCAUGUAACAGAAAAUAAUAAAAAAAAAACACCUGCAUGUCUCAUAACUGAUAAAUAUAAUGUCUGUUAUGUGAUUUUGUUUAAUGUUAUUUUUAAAUCCUGGGGAUUAACAGUUGAGGCUGUCGCUAUUGGGUAUAAGCUGUGAAACUUCCUUAGCAAAUGAUGUUCAGCGGUAACGCAUUACUGUACAGUACUGGCAUACCAAUGGUACAGCAAUGAUGUUGAUUAAUGCACACUGGUGAUCUAUCGAGGUACCAUGAUACCAUUGUGCGUACCACUGGGUUUGCUGCUAUUAUAGGUUAUGCUGUGGUUUCUGUGAGGUAAUACACUAGGACCGUAGUGGUGGUGUUUUUCAAACUGUGAUUACCCUGUUACGCUGUUGAAAAGUGGCUUGUAUUUUAGAUUGGAUAAAAACACUAACAAUUUAUUGAUGUAUAAACAAUAGUGUAAUAAUUAUGAUCAUAAAUAAAAUAUAUUUAAAA